AUGUAUACGAACAAUGAUAUUGAUACAUUUCUUAAAACAAUAAAUGAAUCUCAAAAUCAAGCAUUACGAAAUCCUGAUCAAACAGAAUCAUCUAUUACUGAAAUAAUAUCUAAAAUUGAUAAGAAUAUUUUAAAAGAUUUACUUUAUCAAAAUAAUGAUUAUCGACAUAAAGCUAUUCGACUUUUAGCUGAAAUUUGUAAACAAGAAUCAAUCCGACAAGAAUGCAUUCAAUUAGAUUUCAUGACACCUUUAAAAGAUACUUUAACAUCUUCUAAUAUACAAGAAAAAAUUGAAUCAUGUCGUGCAAUAGGAAAUAUGUGCUAUGAAAAUGCUGAUGGAUGUGAUUUAGUAGCGAAUAAAAUUGGUAUAGAUACAUUAUUUGAUGUAUGUCGAUAUUCAUGUAAAUCAUCUGAAAAUGAAUGUAUACAAUUACGAAUGAUGAUUUUAGGUGCAUUACAUAAUAUUAUUAAUUCAAAUGAAAAAAUUGCUGAAUUAAUAUUCAAAGAAGAUUUAUUUCAAAUAUUUCUUCUUUAUAUACCAUAUUUAUCGGAAUCGAAAAUAAUCUUAUUUUUAUUUUCAAUUUGUUCGAAUAUGAUUGAUUAUGAUACAAAAUGUGAACGUCUUAUAUUGAGUCAUUUAUUAUCUGAAAUUGGUAAUCAUAUAACUGAAUCGAAUAUAUAUGAUAAUCGUACUGUUAUUUUAUCUUAUCUACUCGAAGCAUGUGAAGAAGAUGGUGUUAAAGAAGAAUUAUGUUCAUCAUUAUUUUAUUAUAAAUUAAUUAAUUUAUGUGAACAAUAUGCUGGAAAAGAUGAAGAAUUUCUUCGUGAAACAUGUUAUAUACUUGUUGUUCUUAUAACUGCAGAUAAAUCAAUUGAUCAUUUAUUAACUUCAAAUAAAUAUGAUUUACUUGAAUAUGGUAUAUCAUGGUUAGAAAAAUCGAAUUUACAAUUAAAAAUGACUGGUGCAUUAAUAAUAACUAAUUUAACACGAAAUGAUCAAUCAGCUAUAAGUAUAUUAUCCGAUAAACGAAAACCUGAUAUUAAAUUAGUUGAACAAUUAAAAUAUUUUUCAAUACAAUUAGAAAAUAAAUUAGAAUUAAUGACAGAUGAACAAGCUAAAGUUGCACAUGGAAUAUUAGGUGCUCUAAGAAAUCUUGCUGUACCAACUACGAAUCGUCCUUUAUUAGUCGAUAGUCAUGUUCUUGAUAAUGUUAUUCCAUAUUUAUUUACAAAAAAUUUUAAUGGUGAAAUUGCUUAUAAAGCAACUGGUGUUAUUCGUUUUCUACUUCGUGAUGCAAAAGAAACAUCAAAAUUAGCAAUUUUAAAUGAUCAAAUUCUACAACAAAUUGUUCUUAAUAGUAGUUCUAUUCAUUCUGGUUUACAAUUUGAAUCUCGUCGUGUAUUAUUUUUAUUACCUGUCGCAUUAAAAACUAUCGAAGUUAUUGAAGCACUUGCACGAAAUGAUGCUUUUCCAUUAAUAACAUCUACAUUAGCAUCAUGUGAUGUUCAAACAAAUCGUGGAAUUAUUCAAAAUGAAGCAUUAAUUGCAUUGAAUAUUAUUAUGAUGUUAAAUAAUUCAUUGAUUUGUGAGAAAUUAAAAGAAGCAAAUUGUCAUGAAAAUAUUAAAGAAUUUUUAAAACAAGAUUUUCAACAUCCGGAGAUCAUUAAUAAUAUUCUUCAAUUAAUUCAUUUAAUGAAAAAACAAAAAAAUUUUCUUACAAUAGAACAAUUACAUGAAUAUAAACCAUUACUUGAAAAUAUUCGUAACAGUCAAAAUUGUAGUGGAAAAACACUUAUUGAUCGAACAUUAGAGAUUAUACAGAAUGAACUUGAAUAA